GUUUAUUUUUAAGGUUUCCUUCUUCUUUUUCUUAAUAUUUCAAAGCAGCAAUUUAAUAAUACAUUUUUGCUAUACAUCCAUCAUGCACCCAUCAAAAUUAAUGUCAGUUUACUUAUACAAAUGCCUUAUUUCAGUUAUAUUGUAUAUUUAUUAAUCAUUUUUACACUGUGUUUAUCCUGCAGACCAUCACUACAUCCCAUAGAACCAUAUCACGUAAAGUUAGUGGAAGAACAAGUAUACGCCCCAUUCGACGAUUGCAAUUUUACCAUUACAAAACCGAAAGUUGUCAUCAACCCCUAUAAAAAUCAAAUUAAAAAUCUCGUUCGACGAAAACCUUUUGGAUCGUUCUGUUUAAAGUGUGCUGCUUGCUUGGCUAUUGCCGACGAGAUGGUAAUGGCCAUAAAAUAUUCAAUAGAGUCGUUGCAAUUAGAUGAAAUCAGCAUAGAAAAAAUAAAUAACCAUAUAGCUCACGACUUAAAUUUACUUUCUGAAAAAGGUUUCAAAAAUUAUGGUUUAAAGAAAAUCAACAAUGAUUGUCUUGUAACAAAUAAAAUAGAUUGUACUGAACAUAUAAAUAGUGAGAUGGAUGGAAGUUGGACGAAAAAGUUGAGAGAAAUUUGUAAGCUUUUUAUUUCGUAUAUGGAUUUAGAUAAUAUUCUCAACGAUGCUGUCGAUGAUAUAGAUCAAUUGCCACAAAAAUUGUGCAGUGGUUCUGGAAUAUUUCGUGACUGUGUUAACAUCGAUUCAGAAAGAUACAGCGAACUUUUAAAAUCGUUAAGAGAAUGCGCUAAUUGUGAUUGUCCUGGUACAAUACGUAAUACAUAAUUUAUAUUAA